AUGUACACUCUAGAACUCGAUUUCGACCCCCGUUCCAGUUUCAGCGACUGGCGAGUUAGUAGUGUGACCAUCUCCGGCUUCGACAACGACACGGGCAAAAGCAUGGACGCUGUCAAGGGCGAGUAUUUCGGCAAAGGUGUGGUUCGGCUGUUUCGAGGAGGCAACAACAAUGCAUCCAGCUCGACUGAGGUCGAAGAGGUGUCUCCGGUGCCCUCUCUGAUUGUGGCUAUUCUGGCAGUCCCCAGCUAUAUGACUGCAUCCGACUUUCUGGGGUUCAUCAGCUUGCAUUCUUGUGAGAAGGACAUUUCACAUAUCAGAGUCAUCAAAUCGAGUCGAGAAGUGAACCGAAACAUGGUACUUCUCAAGUUCCGUAUGGUUGAACGCGCCCAGGACUUUGUUGACAAGUACUCUGGCAAGGUGUUUAAUAGCAUGGAUCCUGAGACUUGUCUAUGUGUGUUUAUCCAUGAUAUCAGCGUGGGAGGCGAAGUUAGUAAUAAUACAAGCGUAGUUGGGGCAGACAACUUCCCGUACCUAUUGUUGGAUCCUUUCACCAAUGGAUUCAGCAAAGGUAAACCGCUACCUCCUCCUACUCCUGAUUUGCGAGAGCUGCCUACUUGUCCUGUCUGCCUGGAGCGUAUGGACAGUGAUAUCACCGGUUUGGCAACCAUCUUGUGCGAACACACGUUCCACUGUCACUGUUUGAGCAAGUGGGCUGGUGGAAAUUGUCCUGUUUGUCGAUACAGUGGCAGAAAGAGCAGUGUGGGCAACUCUGCUGCUCCUCCAGGGGCAUGUACGACUUGUGGGGGAACAGAAAACACGUGGAUUUGUUUGAUUUGUGGCAACAUUGGAUGUGGGCGGUAUGCUCUGGGCCAUGCUCAUUCUCAUUUUGACCAAACAGGACACGGGUACGCCAUGGAAAUGUCCACGCAACGAGUUUGGGACUAUGUGAGUGAUGGUUAUGUUCAUCGGUUGAUUCAGAGCGAUGUGGGCAAGCUGGUGGAGUUGGACGAGUCCAGUAGCUCCAGCAACAGCAAGUUCGUGUACUCUGACGACGGCAAAAAAAGUGGAGACGUGGAACAGUUGGCUCUGGAGUACACGGCUUUGUUGACGUCACAGCUGGAUUCUCAGCGGGAGUACUACGAGGCUCUGUUUGCAGACUCGGCAAAAAAAGUGGAGGAGAUGAGACUGGAAGUGCAUAGGGAAAAAGAGAGGGUCAAGAAGGAGCUCGAGGCCAAGAAGGAGGUGGCCAAGCUGGACGACUCGUUGAUGUCCGAGAACGAACGACUCAGAAAGGAGCUCGCCAAGUGUCAGUCUGAUAGUGAGAAACUGAGCCAGUUGAGUAAGACAUUUCGACAGUCUCUUCAAGAUGAAAAGGCCAUUUCGGGCGCCAUGAUGGCCAAGGUGAAGAAGCUACAGACUGAUAAGAUGGCCAAGGAGGCUCAGAUCAAGGAUCUGGAGGAACAGCUACGAGAUGUCAUGUUUUUCCUUGAGGCCAGAGAUAAGUUGAAGGAUGCAGACGAGGAUGUCAAGGAGGGUACCCUAGUGAUGAAGAAGAAGAACAAGAAGAAGUAG